AUGAUUCCAGAGCCCUCCAGCCACGUCGCCCGCAGCCAAGCAGCAGAGACCGUACACCCCGGGGCCUUCCUCGCUGUGCGAGCAGAGAGCUGCGGUAGCCAGCAGCGGUUCCUGGGCGGCAGCACGGGCGCGCUCGGCGCCGGCGGCGGCGGCGGCGUAGCUGUGUACGACGACGAGGACUCGUGGUUCGGAGCGGUCGGGGCGUGCGAGCGCGACGCGUGCGGCGGCAGCCACCACCACCUGGCCCAGCAGCAGCAGCAGCAGCAGCAGCUGGCGCGGCGCAGCUCGGGCCAGGCGUGCGGGUCUGCGGGCGCGCCGCCCAGGCAGCACUACUACCCCGAGGGCGGCUGGGGCUGGAUCGUGUGCGCCGCCGGCUUCCUGGCGCACCUGCUCUCCUGCGGCCUGCAGCUCGCCUUCGGCCUGCUGCUGCUCUACACCGUCAGGCACCUCGGCGACAACGCCGUCAUCGACUCUGCGUGGCUGGGCGCGCUGAGCACGUCCUCAUGGCUGCUGGCAGCGCCCCUGGCGGUGUCUCUGUGCAGGCGCAAGUGGACGCGGCUGACCGCCAUGUUGGCCGGGCUCGUCAUGGCGCUGGCCUGCCUCUUCGCGUCCUUUGCCACGCAGCUGCACCAGCUGCUGCUCAGUUACGGCGUUCUGCUGGGCAUGUCUAGCGGCCUGGUGCGAGAGACGGCGUCGCUGACGCUGGGCCACUACUUCAGGCGGCGCCGCGAGUUCGUCGAGAUGGUGGUGCAGGCGGGCGCUGGCGUCGGCAUCGCGCUCUUCUCAGUGCUCUACCGGGAGGCCGUCGGGCAGUGGGGCUGGCGCCUCGGCCUGCAGGCCGUCACGGUGCUGCUGUGCGGCGCCUUCUUCCUGGGCAUGCUGUACCGCUCGGCGUCCAUGUACCACCCGCAGCGGCGCGCCAUCCUGCUGCUCAAGAGCCAGCGCAAGAAGGCGCGCCACAAGAAGCCGCCCUCGCCGCAGCAGCGCCGCCUCCAGCAGCAGCAGCAGCCGCGGCCGCCCUUCUUCGACGUCACGCCGCUGCGCAUCCGCGCCGUGCAGGUGCUCAUGCUCUCAUCCGCCGUCAGCGCGCUCGGAGUCUACACGCCCGUCUUCUACCUGGCACUACAAGGGUACCAAGAAGGCCUCGACGACAGCGCACUGGUGCUUCUGCAGACGUUCCUGGGCUUCGCCACGGCUCUGGGCUGCGUGGGCUUCGGCCUGAUGGUGGUGCGCGCCAGCGACCAGUGCCUCGUCUCCAGGCAGUACCUCUGCCAGGCCGCCAUGGCGGGCAUCGGCCUGUCGCUGCUGGCGCUGAGCACGGUGCAGGGCUACCACGGCUACGUGCUGGUGGUGUGGCUGUAUGGUGUGUGCCUCGGCGGCUUCUUCUACUCGCUCAAGGUGUUCACCAUGCAGAGCGUGCGCUCGCGCUACUUCGCGCGGGCCUGGGGCUUCGUGCAGGGCGCCGAGGCGCUGCCCCUGCUGCUCGGUGUGCCAAUAACAGGUUACAUCAACCAGAGCCACCCCAAGGCGGGCUACUACUUCUCGCUGCUGGCGACGCUGCUGGGGGCGGUGCUUCUCUUCCUGGUGGGUGGCGGCUCUGGAGGCGGCAACGGCGGCGCGGGUGCCUGCAGCGACUGGGAGGACGGCCCGCCCCCGCUGCCCCUGCCGCCUCCCGUCUCCGCCCCCGCCACAGUCUGCGGUCGACCUCGUCUGCACAAGAGUAUCUCCUUCGCGACGCCGCUCGACCUGCCCAUGACCGACGAGUACUGGCGGCCCGUGCGGCCGUGCCGGAGCGUCCCCGAGGGGUUGGGGCGCCACCAGCCAAUCACGGUCGUCGAGCAGAUCACCACCUCCGUGUGA